ACUUUCAACUACAAUGUUCGCUUUAAUAAUAUAUAUUGCUCAUAUGGGCUUAUUGAUUUAUGCUUAUAACUAUUAUAAAAAUAUAUCGUCAAUGUUACAUCUUCGCUUAGAUCAUGGUUGUUAUGCUUUGAUCUCACUGAUGGUUAUGUCCAUAGCCGUUAGUUUAUUUCGUAUAUUGCAAGACGUUGAAACUUUACCCUUAAAAUUAAUGCAUGCGUUUCUUCAUAUGCUGGCCUGGAGUAUAAUGUAUUAUUCGCUUCUCGAUUUGAAAGGUCCAAAUUGGCAUUUUUUACAUGGCUAUCCAGCAUAUAUCGUAUAUUAUGGUUAUUUUGCUCAGAUGGCUUUUGGUUUGUUUAUUUUUAUGGCUUUGCCGUCUGGAAAACUUCGUGAGUCUCUAGCAGCUAUUCAUAGUGUUAUUGGUGUUUGGUUAUAUUAUUGUUAUAUCGGUAUAGCUAUAACUGGCUUUCAUAACUGCAGCAUCUAUAACAAUUACCAGGCUCCUUAUAAAGUAGAAACUGAACAAUCUGGAGUGGAGAAUAAUGCUUGUUUAAAAAUAUUGAAUUUGUAUAAACAUCUAUUAAUAUUUGCCGCUAUAUUUAUAAAUUUCUUAUUAUUGUUUCCAUAUUUUCAAUGGGAUUUGAUAGAUCCAUUAUAAAGGUCCUUUUUUUGUUAGAUCCAUUAUAAAGACCAUAUUUAAAACCAUUUUCCUACAAACUCUCAAACUCAUCUGGCAAUUGCUGCUUUUCCGCCUGUUCAUCUAAAACUUUUCUCAACUCACGUUUAACUUCAUUUAUACGCGAAGCAUUUUUAGCCGAUAUUGGUAUUAUACGUUCAAAUUUUAUUACUUUUUCGGGUCGUAUUUCCUGUGGACAUUCUUCUAGUUUAUUUUCAAGAUUUUCUAUAUUGUAUUUAUUGUUUUUAAGUAUUUCACUAGCUCCCGUUACAUCCAUUUUGUUUAAUAAUAAAACACAUGGUUUAUCCAAUAAUGUA